AUGGCCGGGAUUAACGGGACAACCGGGAUUAACGGGAUGGCCGGGACUAACGGGAUAGCCGGGACUAACGGGACAGCCGGGACUAACGGGAUAGCCGGGAUUAACGGGACACCAAAGACGCCCGGGACAGCCGGGACCAACCGGACCCCUGGAACCAUCGCGACCCCCGAGACACUCGCGACCUCCGCACCCGCGUGUGCCCGAGACCCCCAAGACUCCCGCGCCCCCUGCUCCGCACGCCCGCGGCUCCGUGACCCCCCCGCUCCGCACUCCGGCCCGAGCGUGCCCGUCCCCGGAGAAGGAAGUGAGUUCCUCCUGCAGCCUUCAAAACGCCAGAAAACGGUGUUGGGAGCCGAGCUGGCCGAGUGUGAGCCGCUGGCUGCCAGAUGCUGCUUCCCCCGGGUAAACAGGCUGCCAGAUGCUGCUUCCCGGCUGCCAGAUGCUUCUUCCCCCACGGCCGGGACGGCGGCGGCUGUGGGGAGCAGGGGAGCGAUCCAGGCCCCCGAGCUGGUGUUGAGUGGCCUCUCCCUGAGCCUGGGAAAGAAGAGGAUCCAGAGGUAUCCCUGGGAGGGGGAAGGACGGGAGCCCCUGCCUCCUCCAUCCCUCGCUCCCUUCCCGGCGGUGGGAGGAGGUGCCACCGGGGGUGGUGGCCCCGUGUCACCGGGGGCGGUGUCCCCGAGGGUGGUGUCACCGGGGGUGGUGGCCCCGAGGGUGGUGUCACCGAGGGUGGUGUCCCCGGGGGCGCUGUCCCCGGGGCCGCUGGCUCGCUGGCUGGCGCGGCGCUCUGUAACCCCCGUGCCCUGUCCCGUUCCGCAGCAGCGGCCCGGGAUGCCCCCCGGCGGCAGGAUGCCCAUGGCGGGGCUGCAGGUGGGACCCCCGGGCGCGCCCCCGUUCGGAGCCGCCUCCCCGCUGCGGCCCGGCCUGCCCCAGGCCAUGAUGGACCCCUUCAGGAAGCGCCUGCUGACCCCCCAGGCACAGCCGGCCAUGGCCGCCCCCCGGAGAGGGGUGAAGAGGAGGAAGAUGGCUGAUAAGGUGUUGCCACAGAGGAUCCGGGAGCUGGUCCCAGAGUCCCAGGCCUACAUGGACCUGCUGGCCUUCGAGCGCAAGCUGGACCAGACCAUUGCCAGGAAGAGGAUGGAGAUCCAGGAGGCCAUCAAGAAACCCCUGACGCAAAAGAGGAAGCUCAGGAUUUACAUCUCCAACACCUUCACCCCGGCCAAGGAGGAGGGAGAGGGGGGAGAGCGUGUGGCCUCCUGGGAGCUCCGUGUGGAGGGGAAACUGCUGGAGGAUCCCAGCAAGCAGAAGAGGAAGUUCUCCUCCUUCUUCAAGAGCCUGGUGAUCGAGCUGGACAAGGAGCUGUACGGGCCAGACAAUCACCUGGUGGAGUGGCACCGGAUGCCCACCACCCAGGAGACCGACGGCUUCCAGGUGAAGCGUCCCGGGGAUGUCAAUGUCAAGUGCACCCUGCUGCUCAUGCUGGACCACCAGCCCCCCCAGUACAGGCUGGACCCGCGGCUGGCCCGGCUGCUGGGGGUGCACACCCAGACCAGGGCCAGCAUCAUGCAGGCCCUGUGGCUCUACAUCAAACACAACAAACUGCAGGACAGCCACGAGAAGGAGUUCAUCAACUGCAACCGCUACUUCCGCCAGAUCUUCAACUGUGUGCGCAUGCGCUUCUCUGAGAUCCCCAUGAAGCUGGCGGGGCUCCUGCAGCACCCAGACCCCAUCAUCAUCAACCACACCAUCAGCGUGGACCCCAAUGACCAGAAGAAGACAGCCUGCUACGACAUCGACGUGGAGGUGGACGAUCCCCUCAAAGCCCAGAUGAGCAAUUUCCUGGCCUCCACCACCAACCAGCAGGAAAUCGCCUCCCUGGAUGCCAAGAUCCACGAGACCAUCGAGUCCAUCAACCAGCUGAAGACACAGAGGGACUUCAUGCUGAGCUUCAGCAACAACCCCCAGGAUUUCAUCCAGGAAUGGAUCAAAUCCCAGAGGAGGGACCUCAAGAUCAUCACGGACGUGAUCGGGAACCCCGAGGAGGAGCGGCGCGCCGAGUUCUACCAGCAGCCCUGGGCGCAGGAGGCCGUGGGCAGACACAUCUUUGCCAAGGUCCAGCAGCGCCGGCAGGAACUGGAACAAGUGCUCGGGAUCCGCCUCACCUAAGGCGGGCGGGGCCGCUCCCGCCGCCCGAGCCGGACGGUACCGACUGGAAGCCACAGCACUUGCACAAACCCGAUGUGCCUGCGGGGGUGGGAGCCCCCCGCCCCCCGGGGC